UUCUCGUGGUGUCGCAGCAGAAAUCUCCAAGAGACGACGACGACGACGACGACGAGACAAACAAGCAACCAGGCAGACGCAGACAGAAGCAGCCAUGGCAAACUCCAACGUGCGCUUCUCCGUCACGGAUGACGACGACGAAGAGCCAAGCCAAGACCCCGUGGAGGUUGAGAAGCUCCGUAAUAUGCACCUGCAGAAUCCUCUCGGACAGCAAACCCCGCAGCCGACACCAAGCUUGUCGGGCCCUAGCAGCGCCAGCGUCAGCAGGUCCACCUCGCAGCAGCAAGAUCAUGCCGCCCUUGCAGCAGCAACAGGUAGCAGACGCUCUUCCCGAGCAGACAUCUUCCACGGCUCGCACUCCCGCAUCCACUCGCCAGACAUCUCGCCGCCGAGUACACCGCGCAAUGACCCAAAUGAUCCUUAUCGGCGCUCGGCGCGUGUACCUCAGUCAAAGUCGCUCGCAGACAUUGCUCCACAAUUCAUCUUCCAGAAGCACACAGCAUCGACACACUCGUCGCAUACACAUCUCAAGGACUUCUUCAACAACCAUCACGAGAAGGUUGACAAAGGCCACAAGUCUCACUCGGGCUUUGAUCUCGGCCGCUUCUUCAGACACGGUGGCAAGCGCAGCGGUACAUCGACGCCUACAGGAUCCACGUCUUCUGUCUACAUGCCAGAGUUUGACUCAAAAGUCCCCAAAAAGGUCAAGGGCGACAAUCACGACGGCUUGCAUCAAAAAUACGGCAAGGCCGGCAAGCUGCUUGGUGCGGGUGCGGGUGGUUCUGUGCGCAUCAUGAAGCGCAUCUCGGAUGGCCAGCUCUUUGCCGUCAAGGAGUUUCGCGAACGCGGCACAACAGAAACGCUCAAGGAGUACAACAAGAAGGUGACGGCCGAAUUCUGCGUGGCUAGUGCAAUGCAUCAUCCGAACGUCAUUGAAACACUCGAGGUGCUCAAGGAAAAUGCGAAAUGGUACCAAGUCAUGGAGUUUGCGCCCUUUGAUAUGUUUGCCAUUGUCAUGACGGGCAAGAUGUCGCGGCCAGAGAUUUUCUGUUGUUUCAAGCAGCUUCUGCGCGGCGUAGAGUACUUGCACGGCAUGGGUUUGGCGCAUCGCGAUCUCAAGCUCGACAAUUUGGUUGUGGACGAGCACGGUAUUGUCAAGAUUAUUGACUUUGGCAGCGCGAUUGUCUUCAAGUAUCCAUUUGAAGAAGAGAUCCACGAAGCAACGGGCAUCGUGGGCUCUGACCCGUACCUCUCACCCGAGACAUGCACCAACAUACGCUAUUCCCCUGAGCCGGCGGACAUCUGGUCGUGCGCCGUCAUCUUUUGUUGCAUGUGCCUUCGCCGUUUCCCCUGGAAGUCUCCGCGGCUAUCAGACAACUCGUACAAGUCGUUUGCCAUGGCUGACCCGCUAUCUGAGGAAAAGUGCAAGCCAGAAGUGCUGCGUCUUGCACCGACGGAGCAGCAGGUACCGGCGUCGAGCGGCAACCCACAGCCCAUCAUCCGUGGUCCCUGGCGGCUGUUGCGCCUGCUACCAAAGGAGUCGCGCUCAGUCAUCAAGGGGAUGCUUGAACUUGACCCGGAGAAGCGGUUCUCCAUGCACGACAUUGUAUUGGACGACUGGAUCCAGGCUGUCGAGAUGUGCUACGCGGACAAGCAUACUAAUACGUUCUACAAGAGCAGCAGCCACUCGCACCAUCUCAUUGGCCACGAGACGCAGAAGAAGUAGCUGCGCCGACUGGCAGGUUUUGCUUAGACAUGUUCGUACUUGAUGCUUCUUUGUACUUGCUUGGUCUGUGUCUUCUGUCCAGAUUGAUGGGCUAAUAUCUAC